GGAAGGCGAUUCGUGGUUCGCGCGACCCUGGCCCGAGAGAGCAGCGCGCGUGCGCACUUCACUCUUCAGGAGCUGGGCGCCAAUUGGGCGCCUGCAAAGCCGCGUUCCUCAUGGCAGAAAACCGAGAGCCACGCGGGGCCGUGGAGGCUGACCUGGACCCUGUGGAGUACACACUUCGGAAGCGGCUUCCCCACCGCCUGCCCCGUAGGCCCAAUGACAUUUAUGUCAACAUGAAGACUGACUUUAAGGCCCAGCUGGCUCGCUGCCAGAAGCUGCUAGACGGAGGAGCACGGGGUCAGAACGCAUGCACUGAGAUCUAUAUUCACGGCUUGGGUCUCGCCAUCAACCGUGCCAUCAACAUUGCCCUGCAGUUGCAGGCAGGCAGUUUCGGGUCCUUGCAGGUGGCUGCCAAUACCUCCACGGUGGAACUUGUCGAUGAGCUGGAGCCAGAGACUGAUACAAGAGAGCCGCUGACCCGCAUCCGCAACAACUCAGCCAUCCACAUCCGUGUCUUCAGGGUGACGCCCAAGUAAUUAAAGUUGGACUGGCCAGCCAGCCAGCUUUAGCCAUCUCUCCCCCCUCUUACCCCUUCCACACCUGAGGCUCAGAGGUGGUUCUCUUUGUACUGAGUACUAUCAGGGACCUCUAGCUAGAGCCCUGUAAGGAAAAGCUCUGUCUCCUCAGCCAAAGGAAUGGAGGGGGAGUUUUGUCUCCUGUCGGGCCCAAGCAGCAGGUCUUCCUGAAUCUUUGUCAUCUGUAACUUAAUUUCCUUCAUAAUAAAGUGCUGUGUUGUAUUAGUGUCUGGCCAUCCCCUACCAUUGCCUCUCUCCUGUAUAAAUUGUGGAAAUGGAGUUUAGGAAACUCGACAAGUAUUCAGGUACAGGAGGGGGAUCCCAAGGGUUUCUUGCCUCCAUUGAGAGCAUGGCUUGGACUGCAGACAGUAUAACAUUAAGAACAAAUUUUAGUACAAUGCAGAAGCCUGAUGAUCCCAGUGUUUUCUUUUAAGAUUUUUUUUUGUUCUCAGUAGCUUUCCUGUGACUAUGCAGGGACCUUCUGUUCUUUCUCCUUAUCCUAAUAAAACUGUCCUUGUAAAAUG